AUGCCGCUCGAACGCGACGCCGAAGGCCACACCUACAUCCGCCAUCCAAACAACCAAGUCACGCACUACAUCCGCGACUCCUUCGUUGAUCCUUGGAAGCCAGCAGAAACUAUACUGAUACAACACGGUUUUGGUCGCCACGCAGAAUUCUGGUACCAUUGGAUUCCCGUCCUAUCACGAAAAUACCAUGUCAUCCGACGCGACUUGCGAGGCCACGGACGAUCUAGCUACGCGAAAGAAUCCGACAAUUACAAUCUGAAUCUCGAUACCAUAGUUGAUGAAAUAGUAGACACUCUCGACCAGCUAGGUGUGGAAAAAGUGCAUUUCCUGGGCGAAAGCACGGGCGGAAUGUUAGGUGAGAUACUGGCUGCGAAACACCCAGAACGCCUGCAUUCCCUGACUGUCUGCUCCACACCAACGCACCUCCCGCCUCCAGCCCUCAACCUUUUCGCCUUCAACCACGAGGAUUGGCCUACCGCCUGCCGCACGCUCGGCUCCCGUGGGUGGACCGAAGCUCUUUCUAAAAUCCCUGGCACUAUUCCAAUCACAGAUCCUAAUUACCUCCCCUGGUAUCUCGACCGGAUUAGUCUGAGCGAUGGCGAGGGCUUAGCCCAGUACGCACAGUUUUUGAUGACGCUGGAUGCAAGGCCGUAUUUGGGGGAGAUUAAGGUGCCGACGCUCAUAUUGGCGCCGAAACAUAGUGCGGCGACAAGUAUGGAUGAGCAGACAAAGUUGGCUGGGAUGAUAGAGGGUGCGAGAUUAGAAGUGAUUGAAGCGGUGGGUCAUGAGAUUUAUGUCACAGGGGCAGAGAGGUGCCAAAGCGCAUUCUUAGAUUUCCUUGGGGGGUUGGGAAAAUGA